UAAACAUAAAAUAGAAACUUGUUAAUAGGGCAACUCUCGACGCCAGUGUGUCAUAAAAUUUUUGAUUUGGGCGUGGAAAAGGAACAAAAACAAUUUUGUUUUCUAUUUGUGAUAUAUAACCAUCAUGGGGGCCAGUAAUCGCACAACACGCAUAGCUGUUGGAAUUUCGGCUAUAUCCUUCAUAUUGUUUCUAAUAGCAUUCGUCACACCCUACUGGCUAAUCACAGAUGGUCGCAUUGACAAUCCUCGCUUUACAAAUCUUGGACUAUGGGAAGUGUGUUUCCGUAAUUUCCAAGAUAUACAUCGAUUCUACGAUACCGUGUUUAAUGGAUGCAUGUGGGUAUUCGAAGAAGAAUAUUACAUUAUACACGAUUUUCUUCUACCAAGUUUCUAUAUUGCUGUGCAAGUUUUUGCUACACUCUGCUUCGUGUUGUGUCUCCUCGCUUUGCCGCUGACAUUAUCCUUUUUGCGUACCUCUCGUGAUGACGACCGUUAUGUAUUCCUGUUGUUAACUAUUGGAUCCUGCCAAGUACUAGCUUCUUUAUUCGGUUUUAUCGCCGUUGUAAUAUUCGGUGCGAAAGGAGAUUCCCGUGAUUGGAUGCCAGGCUGGCAAAACAAUGACAUGGGCUGGUCAUUUGCCUUAGCUGUGGUGGGUGGCGUCAUGUUAUUACCAGCCGGUAUAUUAUAUAUAGUGGAAGCGCGACGUGAACGUUAUCGUCAUUUAAAUGAAAUAAGUAAUCGUGAUGUUAGUGAGUAUGGCGGUCCCACAGAUGAGUUUUACCAACAACAGGCACAACAAUAUUUUGCACCUGAACCAACUAGGCCUAGGCGUCCACCACCUGGUCAGAGUACAUCUGCCGCUGCUGCUGCAGCAGCUGCUGCACUACCCAAAGCAGGCGGCUUACAAACCGACAUCUGAGAAAUAUUUUAGUAAACUAUAAAAACAAAGAAAUUUAAUUACGAACAUUAAUCUCCAAAAUCCGUCCAUUUUUUAGUGAGUGCGUCAAAAUCAUUCCACGUUACGUCUAGUUUUUAGUCAAUUAGUAUUUUUACUCCAGUACAAGUAUCUAAAAAGUGUUUUAUAGACAUAUAUAAGUCCGUUUCGAAUAAAUAUGUAGAAAUUACAUAUAUUUUAAUUUAAAAACCUAAGAAAAUAUGCGUCACAUUCGAUACACAAUAAACUUGUCUUUUAUACAUUAUUUAAUUCGUAAA